AUGGCGGGGCGAGGAUUAUGUGAGACCCUCCUCCCCCCUCCUCCCCGACCAACGCCCUUCUUUUCCCCUCUUUCUGCCCUCAAGAUGAUUGCACUUCCUACCCACCCAACCCCCCUCCCACUCAACCCUGUACUCAUCUCCCCAGCUUACCUCGACCACUGCCCCUGUCUCUCCCCCAACCCGCACGGGCACGCUCCACACUUCCUUUUCCUGGGACUGCCGGCUCCGCCACGGGGUUGGCACACCAUGCUCCCACCCAAUAACAUGCACACUAUCCAUGCACCCCCGAGCAUUUGUUUCUUUCUUGCCACGUGCCUGUGGCAAACACGUGCAUACAUCGAUGUUGCCGUCCCUUCCAAACCGCAAGCAUUUGGCUUGACGUCUUCCCCACACCGCGCUGACCCUGGAGCCUGGCGUGGGAGGGGAGAGGGAGGGGCCGGCGCCCGCGCCGGCCGAGGGCUCCGAGCGCCCGAAAACCUUGCCUUCACCCUUCCCCACUCCCCUCCGCGGCCCUCGGCCAUCUUGCUGCUGCUGCGCUAUUGCGUACCUUGUCUAGCAAUGUAG